CUGUCAGUUUAGAAAAUAGAUCAAAUGUCAAUGUCAGUGAACUUCGAAUUUUUGAAAUAAAACGGAUGAUGUCGUUGUGAAAAUUAUAAGAUUGUGAUAUUGAAUUAUUUGUUAUCGAAUUAUAGUACAGAAUUAGUAAGACAUAAGCGAAAAAUGCCAGUUGUAUAUAACUUCAUGCAUUCUCACAAAGAGACCCUUGAAGCUUUGGUGGAUAUUUUCACUUGCCAAGGCUCUAUGAGGGAGCAGUUGACCACUUAUGCAGAGUUACGUGUGGAACCAGUAGGGUGGGACGCCCUGUGGAAAUUGUCAAAGAGAUUCUGUAAAAGAUUUGAAGUGAGAUAUCCCUGCGUAGCUCUAGUCACUGUGACAUCAGUAGACUUCGAGGAGCUCACGGCAGAAGUAGAUGUGUUGAGUGUGCAACAUGCAGCUGUAUCGUUACCAGAGCAGGUCUCUGCUGUACCGCUUAUAGAACUGUGGCCCACUCUCAAGCAGAGAGAGAAGUCUGUGAAUGCUGAGGAUACUGCACAGUUGAUAGACUUGAUGAGAUUUUUUUAUGACAACAUAUGGAUGCCGUGGGACGAUCAAGACAAUAAAGUUAUGUUGCCCAAAACUAUAGAGAACAGAAUGAGCCUCUGGUUGGACAUCCACAAUGGUUCCAUACCAAGUUACAUAGCAAGAUCUAUAACAAUGAUGCGUAACAGUGCUAUCGAUGCUCAUGAAAAGUUGAGAGACCUUGACUCCUCGUUGUGUGAUGAAGGCAUGGCUGAUGAAGAUGAUUCACUAUUACCGUCCAAUUACAUAUCACAGUGUGCAGAGAUGAACGCACACCUCGACAGUUUGAUGCCCAAGUGGAGUUUGUACGAAGACCCUCUGGUUAGAGAACAUUACCUGGCGUUAGCAAAGGCGAAAUGGGAAGAAAAUAAGACUAAAAGAAAUUUGGUGGCUUUAUGGCAAGGUGGUAGUAUACAGCAGUUCACAAACAUAACAAAAUUUCUGAAAUCAAAAGCCAGUAAAGAUCACAACCUGAUGGUAAUGAUCUCUGCCGAGGAAGGUCUAUCGCUGGAACCAGAGGAAGUGGUAUUUUGCAGUAGUCAAUAUGAAAUACCUGAGAUGCCGCUUUUGAAAAUAUCUUUGUUCAGUUUUAAUGGAGCCACUCUCAAAGCCAAUAUGAUGAGGUCCUGCUUGUUUAUGAUGAGCGAGGACUGCACCAUACAGGAUUUGCACCUGGACUGUGCGCUGGUCAACACUGUCAUAGUGAUGCGAGCUGGCAGGCUACAUGUCAAGAACUGCCUGUUCUCUGAUGAUUCACAGAAUUUGCAGAGUGACUUUGCACAAGGAAUAGUGGCCAUGUCAGACGCCAAAAUACUACUUGAAGAAUGCACAUUUGAAAAUUUCUACUCCGGCCUGGUUAUACACGAAGGUGCUCAGGUAGAGCUACGAAACUGUACAAUAAAGCGAUGCGGUGUCGGCAUACAGAUGUACUCGGGCGCCAACGUGAAGUUAGAUGCCACCGCCAUCUCGGAGUGCUCGGAGCAGAGCAUUCGCUGCGAAAUUACUACCAAUGUGCAGUCCAGCAAUGCUACUAUGGACGGUCUUGAAAUAGCUUCGAGCUGCAAAAUCGGCGCCGGUAAUUUGCAACAAGAAGUGUUAAUUGUGAAGCAAGAUAACGAUUUAGUGUGAAGUACUUACAUACGUACAUACUUACGUAAAAAUUUAUGCGCACUGCUGCAAAAUGUCACGACUUCAUAAUAGGGAUGAUGACAGUUUUUUAUAUUGUAUAUAAAUUAAGAGUAUGCUAAUGGUAAAGCAGGGAUUUAAGGGUCAGAUUUGAUCAGAUGCUUGAAAAACGGCCCAUACAAAAUGGUAUUAUAUUAAUGACGUCCUAGGUCAUAAUGAUCGUUAGAUUUGUAAGGGCGGUGAAACAAAAUUACCAAUAUCUUUAUUUAUACUAUAGAUCCGUUAGUCCCUAAAAAAUCACCUCAAAAAGUGAUCCGAAUAAUAGGUUCCAAAACUGAGCGCAUUAUUGAACACACAACUCGACAUUGUAGACGAUAUUUAGGUAUUAUUUGUUUAAAUAACGUUCGUUGUUGACCACAACUAACAAUGAGAUGUCGAAAUUUCCUCUUUUGGGCGCCUCAUUUUUUUAUGACACAUCUAACAAGUAGGUAUUUAACAUCAUUGGUGCGAACACUCCCCGUUCGCGUCUGUACGAAUGCGCAGCGCAUUCCGCAGCUAACUUCACAAACAUAAAGAUCCGUGGCGAGCACUGUCCAUUGCUGGACAUGACUUCUUGCAUGGUCUUCCAAAUAAAACCAUCUCCACUGUCGAGCCGCCAUAAUCCACCGGCUCCCUGCAACCUGAUUAAUGUCCUCGGUACACCUAGCGGGUGGGUCCUCCAACACUGCGCUUUAUACCUUUGUUUUUGUUUGUUAUUUUUUUUAUUCUUUACUACAAUCUCGCCUGUUGGUAAGUGAUGAUGCAAUCUAAGAUGAAAGCGGGCUAACUUAUUAGGGGGAGGAUGAAAAUCCACAACCCUUUCGGUUUCUACACGACAUCGUACCGGAACGCUAAAUCGCUUUGCGGUACGAUUGGCGGCCUAUGCCUAAAUAAAAGGUAACCUACAAAUUCUUAGUGAAGUACGAAUGUUUUUUUUUUAUAAUAUAGAUCGGCAGCUGUUAUUUUAAUAUAGGAUACUGAAUAGUUGUAUUACUGUUAUGUAUAUAAAAAGCAUUUAUUUAUUUUAAAGUACUGUUUUAGUUUCAUUCCAGUUUUAAGUGCAAUGGUGUAUGUAAUUCGUGGUCUUAAAAUUAGGAUGUUUUUAAAUAAAAUACUUUGAUA